AUGUCACAGCAACCACCCCACAAUCCCCCCCAAGCCGCCUCGGCCGCGGCCCACGCCCUCAGCUCGCCCAAACACGGCAAGCACGAUGUGGUCCCCGAAGAGGUCCAGGCCGCCUACGCCUCGUACGAGUCGUCCCACGGCAAGGCCCUGCCAGCAGGAAGCCGGAUCGAAACCAAGGACGCCGUCUACGUUGUCGAGGACGAGGCCAAGCAGCGAAGCAGGACGUCGCCCAGCCAUUCGCCCAAACAGUCGUCCGUUUCGCAAUCGGUGCAGAACAAGUUCAGCGCCAUUGACCGUCAAAUCAAGAGCGGUCGAAAGCCCCAGUCGCCAACCCAGUCCCACCAUGCCCCUCGUGCUGGCCAGCACCAGACCCAGCACGCCGGCCAGCACCAGACUCAGCACGCCGCUCAUGUCGGACAGCAUGCCCCCGGAGCUACCGGUCAGCACGCUACUCAACACUCUGGCCACCAGGCUCUUCACCACCCCGUUCAAGACGCACAAAAAUCCCCCUCCAGAUCCCUGGCAGGUAACGUGAGAGACCAGUACUCGACUCCCGGCGCCGCCGGCGCUGCGGGCGCCUCGGGAACCCACAACGUGCACCAGAUUGGCAAGGACCGAUUCCACGACAAAUUGGUUGACAAGCACGAUGCUCUGCAAAAGCAGCGAGCGGACGUCCUGGCCAGCGAUGCCAAGAAUGAGAAGAUCAUCAGCUCUGGAGCAGCCCAUGGUGCUACCUCAGCCACCCCCACAACAGGUGUUGCCUCCGCCCCGGCCUCCGCCCCGGCCUCCGCUCCUACUGGUGCUACUGGCGCCGCUACUACCGGCGCUACUACCGGCGCUACUACCGGCGCCACUACUGGUGCUACUACCGGCGCCACUACUGGUGCUACUACCGGUGCUACUGGUGCCGCUCCUGGUACCCCUCCAACCUCCAACCCUACUUCUCGACCCUCGCCCAAGAAGCGAGAGUCCUGGGGCAACAAGUUCAAUGCCUUUAAGAACAGAGACAAGGAUGUCGCUGAGAAGCUCGAGAAGGAGGAGAAGCCUAGCGGAAUCCGAGGCUUCUUUUCCGGUCUCACCAAGCGAAAGGACAAGUACGAGACAAAGGAGGAGAAGGUGCUUGACGACGCCUACCAGAACGAGGAGCAGUCGUUCACCACGCCCGUUGCUGACGGUGCAGGAAACCUCGAGUCCAAGGAGGUGCCCAACUUGGGUGGAUUCCGAGACACCACUCUUCCCGAUGUGGAGCAGAGCGUCAUGGACGGCCGUCCCGACGAGUACGACACCAGCACCUUUGGAGGCAAGGCCAAGGCAGGAAUCGCAUCUGUUGUCGAUGCUGUUGGUCUAGGCCAGGAUGGAGCCCAGCCCGAGCCCGCUCACGGCUUUGCUGCUGCUCGAGAUGCUGCUUCAGGAGGUCACGAGUUUGCUGGCGAGCGAGUUCUCGCCGAAGCACGAGCCGAGUCUGAGGCCCAGCCUCUCGGUGAGGUCCCCGGUGCCAACUCCAAGGUUGGAGCCACUGGUCUGCCCACCAAGAACGAGCUUGGAGCUGUCGUUGGUGAGGAUCACCCUGACCACCCCAAGAACCUAAAGCUUGGUGACGAGGUGGUCAGCAAGCUGCGAUCCGGCCAGGCCGGUGUCGGUAUUGUUCCCGACUACCAUAAGAACGCCGAGAAGGCUCCUGUUGCUGAGAAGGGUGCAGCCGACAACACCACCCGUAACACUUUUGCUAAGGACGCCCAGCUUGAUGACACUCUCCCCCACAAGUCUAAACUCGAUGCCUCUGGUCUGCCUCUUAAGCAGUACGCUGACCGAGACGUGAGCACUCUGGAAGACUCUACAAAGGUCAAGGAGCCAGACUACUCCCCUAACUUCGCCAAGGACGCCUCUCUCGACCCUACCCUUCCCCAUCAGUCCAAGCUGUCUGCUGCUGGUCUCCCCCUGUCUUCUACCCAAGCUUCUACCCAAGGUUCUUCUGACAAUGCUGUUUCUGGAGAUUUCAACCUCAAGUCCAACCAGAUUGCAGGAGACGUGACCAAGGUUGGAAACGACCCCCGAUUUGCUCAUGCUGCUGGCUCUGAGAUCAAGCCCGAACACGAGCUCACCAUUGAGGACGGCCCUCGAACUCUGGACCCCGGUUCUGCUGUUUCUGGUGAUUUCAACCUGAAGGCUAACCAGAUUGUUGACGAUAAGACAAAGAUUGGCAACGACCCUCGGUUUGCCCACGCUGCUGACGAAGUGAUCAAACCCAAGCACGAGCUUGCCAUUGGCGACGGUCCUUCUGCUGGUGCUUCUUCUGGCAACCCUGUGUCCGGAGACUUCAACCUCAAGUCUAACCAGAUUGCUGGUGAUGUUACCAGGGUAGGAAAUGAUCCUCGAUUCACAGAAUCCAGCUCUACCAUUAAGCCCGCCCACGAGCUCGCUAUUGGUGAUGGUCCCUCUACUUCCUCUUCUGCUCCCGCUUCUGGUAACGCCGUCUCCGGUGAUUUUAACCUCAAGGCCAACCAGAUUGUUGGCGACGAGACCAAGGUCGGAUCUGACCCCCGAUUCGCUUCUGGUGCUUCUUCUUCCAAGCCUGCGCACGAGUUGGAGAUCACCGACCCUGGCCACUUCAAGCCUGCUACUGGUGCAUUCAACCUUGGAUCUAACGAGAUUGCUGGUGAUGUUACCAAGGUUGGCAACGAUCCUCGAUUUGCUCAUGGUUCCGGUACUGGCUCUUCUGCUCCUGCUUCCGGUAACCCUGUUUCUGGUGAUUUCAACCUCAAGGCAAAUCAGAUUGUCGACGAUAAGACCAAAGUUGGUGCUGAUCCCCGGUUUGCUGAUGGUUCUAGCUCUUCUCAUCCUACCCGGGAGCUGGAGAUCACCGAUGGUCCCUCUUCUACUGGUGCUCCUGUUUCUGGCAACCCUGUGACUGGUGAUUUCAACCUGAAGGCCAACCAGAUUGUCGACGAUAAGACUCAAGUUGGCUCUGAUCCCAGAUUUGCUUCUUCUACCUCCUCUUCGAAGCCCGCUCACGAACUCGAGAUCACUGACCCUGGCCACUUUAAGCCAGCUACUGGUGCUUUCAACCUCGGCUCCAACGAAAUUGCUGAAGAUGUUACCAAGGUCGGCAAGGAUCCUCGAUUCGUGAAAACCGAGACUGGUGUGAUCCAUCCUGAGCACGAACUUGCUAUUGGUGAUGGUCCUUCCUCCGGCUCUGGAGCCCCUGCUUCUGGUAAUGCUGUUGACGGAGACUUCAAUCUUAAGGGAAACCAGAUUGUUGACGACAAAACCAAGGUUGGCUCGGACCCCCGAUUUGCCGGUGACUCUUCCAAGCCUGCUCACGAGCUUGAUAUUACCGACCCUGGAAAUUUCAAGCCGGCUACUGGUGCUUUCAAUCUCGACUCCAACGAGAUCGCAGGAGAUGUUACCAAGGUUGGCAACGAUCCUCGAUUUGCUCAUGGUUCCGGUACUGGCUCCUCUGCUCCUGCUUCCGGCAACCCCGUUUCUGGGGAUUUCAACCUCAAGGCUAACCAGAUUGUCGAUGACAAGACAAAGGUGGGAAAUGAUCCUCGAUUUACCGGCACUUCCUCCUCUGCUAAGCCUGCCCAUGAGCUGGAUAUUACUGAUCCUGGUCACUUUCAGCCUGCUACUGGAGAUUUUAACCUCAAGUCUGAUCAGAUUGCCGACGAUGUGACCAAGGUCGGAAACGACCCUCGAUUUGCCUCUGGCGCCUCUUCUUCCAAGCCUACCCACGAGCUGGAUAUCACUGAUCCUGGCCACUUUCAGCCUGCUACUGGAGAUUUUAACCUCAAGUCUGAUCAGAUUGCCGACGAUGUGACCAAGGUCGGAAACGACCCUCGAUUUGCCUCUGGCGCCUCUUCUUCCAAGCCUACCCACGAGCUGGAUAUCACUGAUCCUGGCCACUUUCAGCCUGCUACUGGAGAUUUUAACCUCAAGUCUGAUCAGAUUGCCGACGAUGUGACCAAGGUCGGAAACGACCCUCGAUUUGCCUCUGGCGCCUCUUCUUCCAAGCCUACCCACGAGCUGGAUAUCACUGAUCCUGGCCACUUUAAGCCUGCUACUGGAGAUUUUAACCUCAAGUCUGAUCAGAUUGCCGACGAUGUGACAAAGGUUGGAAACGAUCCCCGAUUCGCCAAGCCUGAGAAUGAGCUUGACAUCACCGACGGUCCUUCUUCCAAGGUCCCCGGUUCGUUUGGCGCCGUCUCUGGUGACUUCAACCUCAAGGGUGAGCAGAUUGCCGAAGAGAUCAACAAGGUGACCAACGAUCCCCGGUUCUCCAAGAACUAA